AGAAAAACCAGGAACUUCUUUUUCCUGACUAGAGAAACACACAGAGUGAAAAACAGACGAUCAGAUUCACCUUCAGACCAAACUAACAAGUUCCUCUGAGUGAGUUCAGCUACAGGAGAGAAAAGUGGAAAACUACAACACUGCUGCUUCAACCUGCUGACGCUCCACACACUGAAGCUUCAGAGACAAAAUGGCUUCCAGAUCAGAGGAGGAUCUCUGCUGUCCAGUCUGUCAAGAGGUCUUCAGAGAUCCUGUUGUUCUGUCAUGUAGCCACAGCUUCUGUAAAGUCUGUCUGAAGAGCUGGUGGAGACAGAAACAAGCACCUGAGUGUCCAGUUUGUAAGAGAAGAUCUUCAAAGGAUGAUCCACCUUGUAACCUGGCGUUAAAGAACCUGUGUGAGGCCUUCUUACAGGAGAGAGAUCAGAGAGCUUCAGAGGCUCUCUGCAGUCUGCACUCUGAGAAACUCAAACUCUUCUGUCUGGACCAUCAGCAGCCAGUGUGUGUCAUCUGCAGAGAUUCAGAAAAACACAGCAACCACAGAUUCAGACCCGUCGAUGAAGCUGCACGACAACACAAGAAGGAACUUCAGGAAACUCUGGAGCCCUUAAAGGAGAAGUUAAAGGUUUGUGAACAAGUUAAAGUGAAGUUUGAUCAAACAGCAGAACACAUGAAGGUCCAGGCCCGACACACAGAGAGGCAGAUUAAGGAGCAGUUUAAGAAGCUUCAGCAGUUUCUAGAGGAGGAAGAGGAGGCCAGGAUGGCUGCACUGAGGGAGGAAGAGGAGCAGAAGAGUCAGAUGAUGAAGGAGAAGAUGGAGGCUCUGAGCAGAGAGAUAGCAGCUCUUUCAGACACAGUCAGAGCCACAGAGGAGGAGCUGAGAGCUGAAGACGUCUCAUUCCUGCUCAACUACAAGGCUGCAGUGGAAAGAGUCCAGCAGCGCCCCCUGCUGGAUGAUCCACAGCUGCCCUCAGGAGCUCUGAUAGACCAGGCCAAACACCUGGGCAACCUGGCCUUCAACAUCUGGAACAAGAUGAAGGACAUGGUCUCCUACACUCCUCUCAUUCUGGACCCAAACACUGCUGGUCCAUAUCUCAUCCUGUCUGAAGAUCUGACCAGUGUGAGACGAGGAGGAGAGAGACAGCAGCUUCCUGACAAUCCAGAGAGGGUUGAUAGUUACCUCUCUGUCCUGGGCUCUGAAGGCUUUAACUCAGGGACUCACAGCUGGGAUGUCGAGGUUGGAGACAGUACAGGCUGGGGACUGGGUGUGUCAGCAGAGUCUGUUCAGAGGAAGGGAGACAACAUAAAGUCAGGAUUAUGGGUAAUAGUUUUCUAUGAAGGUAAAUACUCAGCAUGGUCACCAUCAGCUCCACUCACUGAUCUCAGCGUUCAGAAGAAGCUCCAGAGGAUCAGAGUGAAUCUGGACUGGAACAGAGGAAAGCUGUCGUUCUCUGAUCCUGAUACUAACACACAUACACACCUUCACACACACUUUCACUGAGAGGAUGUUUCCAUAUAUUGAAACUUUGGAUGAGUUGAAGCUGUCAGCAGUGAAGGUCUGUGUGACAGUGGAACAGAGCAGCUAGAGAUAAAGAGGAUGAUUAUAUUCAUGAUGUAUUAUUAUUACUUUAUAUAUUAUAUAUCAUCCAGUCGCAAUGACAACUGUGAAAUCCUAACAAACAGUGAUUAGCUCAGUUGGUAGAGUUAGCUUACUUAGGUUACGUGUUUGAUCUGCACACCGGUCGACUAUAUUUUCUUUCCCUCUUUAACAAUUUAAUUAUGAAGACACUUUCACAUGCUCACUAUAAAGCAUGUGCCGCAGUGUGAGCGUUACAGCGUUUGAUCUGCAUCCAUCAACCUAAGGACGCUUGUUUUAACAAAGUGGAGAGGAGUCUUGACCCUCACCUGACUAUGCCUUUGUAAAUCUGCUUGUAUUAUGUGGUUUAUACUGGACUGUGGUGCAGAAACAGUGACAAAGUUAAACAUACUUGGUUUACAUUUUCCUGUUAUCUGUCAGUGGUCAUACUUUUACUCAUCCAAUACUAGAUGUGAUAGUUUUUGAGAUGUUCUUUUCUUUAGUCCAGAUGAGCCAUUAGUGAUGCUCAAACAUUAAUGCAUCAAUAAUUAUAAUCUAGUGAUAAACUAUAUUAUUCUGUAAUGGGAGUUCUGUAUAAAAAAAAGACUAUAACUUUUGAUCCUGGUGCAGGACAACAACACAGUGGAAGAACAAUUCACUACACUGAUGUAACUUACUACAAUCUAACUCUGUCAAACUAAGGUUAAGAUUUUACAUUAAAAAACACACAAGGCUCAUUAAACACGACUUAUUGUAGAUUUAACCAGCGGCUCUCAAAUCUUUUUGACUUGGGGCUCUGUAUAAAUUUUUUUACGUAUAACGACAAAUAAACAACCUUGUACCUUA